CUCCUGAAUACGCGCGAAGAGAUUCCGGCGAGAGGUGCGACUCGCGCGGAAUUCCUCCUUGCGCGAGGGAUGGCCCCCGUAGAUAGGCGCAGGUGAGAGGCCUCCUCGAGAAGAAGAAAGGUAAGAGGUCCCACGAUCUCUCACGGGAUCCCUACCGCGCCGGCCGGGCCGACGAGGAGACGCGACCGGCUCGAGAGGAAGAGCGAGUCCGAGGAGUCGGAGUCGAGUCGAAGGGAUCGCGUCGACGUCGAAGGUGCGCACAGUGCAUCCGUCGUUGCUUUUCACGGUGGACGAGCGUAAUCGGAGCCACCGUCCACCGCGACAAAAUGCCCAAAAUUCGCCUGUCUACUCUGUGUCUUGUAACGGCGGUCUUGUACAACACGGUCGAGCGAAGUCUUGAACAUGAAAUUCCUCGGAGGAGCUUCCUGUCACGCAGAGCGAUUGACGGAACUAGAGGAAGGAAAUACUUCGAUCCGAAUGAGGACGGCUCAUUCGACAGCUACGGAUCCGCAGGCGGCGAAUAUGAUCCGUACGAUUAUGUGACAGAUCUAUCUGACAUCAGAAAAAAUGUGCCGGGUGAGCCAGGCGUCGAUUAUCCCGCCUACACAAUAUUACCUCAGACAGGAUUUACAUGUGAAGGACGCUCACGUGGCUACUACGCCGACGAAGCGGCCGGCUGUCAAGUUUUCCACGUGUGCCAUGACGUCUUGGUAUCCUCCUUUCUGUGCCCGAUCGGUUCGACCUUCAGCCAAAAACUGCUGACCUGCGAUUGGUGGAACAAGGUCGACUGUGCCUCCAGUAAGAAAUACCUCGAAAGGAAUCGCGGCAGCUAUCAGAUCGACGACGACGAGAUGAUCCGCAACGCGUACGCGAUGAUCAGCUUGCAGUCCUCUGCGGAAGAAAUCACGAAGGACGGUCUGGUGGAUCCCGAUAGCGGUGCCAGGAUCAUCGACUAUUCCGCGCUCGGCGGCAGAAUCGUGAUGGGUUUUUUGCCCGGGGGAUUCCCCAGGAUUACGGAUUACGUCGCCGUGGACGCGACGAGAAACGAUUUGCCGAGCGGAUUCGAGGAUUAUUUUCAUCGAGAGGAGCGGCCGAUCUUCCAUUACAAUCAUCAUCAGCAGCAGAAAAGCGCAAAUCCGGCGUAUCAUCAAGGCAAACUGCACUUCGAGAACAAGGGCCGAUCGCCUUAUCACGCCUCCCCAAUUAUUGGCCACGAUUAUCCAGAUCGAAUCGGCGAGAACGAGUUCCAGCACGAUUAUCGGAGUCCGGGCAACAGAUUCGCGAAUCAUUUACAGACGCCAUACGCGCCUACUGUUCCCACUGUUACUACCACCACACGAAGAUUCUAUUCGCCUACGGUGCCGACGACCUAUCGACCUUCCACGUUGGCAUACAACAAACUGGAUUUGAUGGUGGACAGCUCCGAUCAUCUCUACGCGCACAGCGUGACUUCUCCCACGAUUUCUCGUCAGAAUGUAGACGCGAGAAAUACUAAUUUGAGGGAGAGAAAAACGGAAUACAAGGCUCCGAAAAAAUCAGAAAAUGCCGCGUCAUCGAGAACGGAUAGAGAUCAUGAAAAAAACAAUGGCGUUCGGUUUGAUUUUGAAGAAAAGUCGAAAACGAAUUUCAGAAUCAACGUGACUGAUCCGAUUGAUGAAGAUGAAGAGAUAUUUCGACAGCAGAAUGACAGACCGAUAACUAAAUACGAUAAUGAAGAAAUUUGGGAAGACAUUGAAACGAAGGACAGCAUUGGAAUCGCUCGAGCAUUGAAUAAUCCACUCGGUAGAAUUAUGAUACAAAAUCUUGCGAAGAACGAGCGAGCAAGCUUAACGACUUCUCUUCCACCGCAGGCGAUUCCAAAUGAUUCUUCAGGAUCGUACAAGAAAGAAGAAGAGGUGAACUCGUCGCAGAUCUCGAGGAAAUCGGAUGUUUUCAACGAGACGAGUUACGAUCGAUCGACGGAGGAAGAAACUACGAAGAGUUUCGAGGAGACAGCGCAUACGAGAAGUUUCAUCGAUAAGACGACUCCAUUGCUGAGAAAUCGGCAACAAAAUAUUAAUGCUGGACAAGCAUCAACUAUUUCGGCAACUGCGAAUCCGAUAAUUACGACUAGAAGAAGUGUUGAUAAGAUUCGCAGUAUUCCUCGUUCUUCAUCUAAUGACAGCCGUACAUCUGUGGACCAAAACACAUCGUCGACUAGAUCGAUUUCCAAUAACGAUCCCGUAUCCAGAUUGAACUUCAAUUUCGAGGUUCCUGCACCAGCGCGAUUUUUGAGACCUCCGAUGAAAAGCUUCCUCAUCAACGUUCCCGAAGAGACGCGUUAUACAACGGUAGACGAGAGUUCUAAAACUCCUUGGAAUCCUGGAUCGACGAACACCGAGGUUCCAGGAUUUUUUGACAGAUCUAUUGCGAACAAUCACGAUGGAUCGUCGGCAUUUAAUGUCGGAGAGCAGUCGCUGGUUGAUUACGCAGACGAUUUGUCGGAGACGCCUAAUUUAGGGGUUCAUUUAAACGUUCAACCCGAAGUGUCCACGUCUAUUCCGUGGCUCGUUUCCACAUCGCACGACCGAACGAUCGUUGACGUUCCCGCGACCGACAUUGUUCCGCCGAUCGUUGAUUACAAUGACGGUUUUGGUGACUUCGUCCCGCCGAAUGAACCCUCAUACACAACACAAUCUGAUCGCACAGAAAACGUGGACUCGCAAAAGACGCAGAACUCCUCGACAGUCCCGAAGAAGAACGACAGCGAAACAGAGAGCCUACUACAGUAUAACACGGGAUUUCAAUUUACCAUUAGAGACGCUGUCAAGACUCAACUGAAUUCGAGGGCGAACACCAGAUUGCCGUGCUACUCUUCAACGUCUGACGAACCAGGGAAACCUUGCGAGGCAAACUCUGCAGUUGUUACUCCCAAAGUUGAACUUUCCACGCCGAGUUUAGAAGCAAGGACAAUUUCGAUAGGUACCAAAGCAACUCCGAGGAUUCCAGAACGUUUGCUCUCUUUAAGUAGUACAAGCACGCUAGAAAAUUCGGCGACAUUUAUUCCCGACAAACCCUCGAUUUCUACAACGCGAUCUCCGGUUUCUAUCGGCAGUAAUGUUAAUGUAGAAACAUCGAACUUGAAGACGGUUACACCGAAAGGCCUAUUAGAGAUCAAUGAUUCUGAAGAGAAAACCAAACAGAAUGCAACAGUGAAUAGUCUUUCGAGCCAUCCAGGAUCUUUAAAACAGAUCGAGGAGGUGAUUGAUAAACAUAAUUCUCCGUACGAGGAAUCCUUCGAAGUCAAGAAGAACGAAGACUUGGAGACGACCGAUGACGAUUAUUUGAUCAGUCGAUUAAUCGCACAGCAUCGGCAAGAACCGGCUUCCGUUUUGAAAGACCAGCUAGAUGACUUCGAGAUCAUCAAAUCAAUCGAACCGGAGGACGAGAGCGCUCCGAACAAUGAAGCCAACAGUUUCCCCGUUGUUGUCGAUGAUACACUCGAUCAGUUCAAGCAAUCGAAUUCAAACAUGAGUAUGCUGAAUCUUCUCGAGCUGAUGGCUGAAUUGUUAAAAUUAGAUCGAUUACCGCGGCCAUUCUCGGCGAAAGAUCUGUAUAACAGCGAACUGAGAGAUUCAUUUAAUCUAGAUCUCGAUGAACAAGAUGCUACAACGAGUCCGAUAUUGAUUCAUUCGCAAACUAAAACGCCAUUCAAGAACUCAAAGGCCAAGCUGUCUGCUUUCGAUACAUUGAGGACAGCCAUCGAUCCAUCAAUCAAGCCGAAGGCAUCGUCGAAUCUGGAUCUCAACGAAUCAUCAUUUGUUACAACAAAUCCAUUGUUGGAAACUAGAAUAUCAAAUCCAGGUUCCAAGGUAUCUUCUCUUGAAGACACUUUGACGUCUAUCAAGCCGCCUCCUGAUAUUUCCUCUGAAAUAAAUUCGAAUAAUUCAACAAAGCAGAAGAGUCAAUCGAAAGCUGAAAGCAAGAUCGCUCGACCUCUUCAGAAGGAGAAAAUCCUGGAGCAAUUGACGGAAAAUUUUGGACAGCCUCUGUAUCGUGGUAAAUUAAUUCGUGAACCACUCGUCUUCGAUUUGCCACAAGUGCAGAGGAGUUUAGAUUUUGAGACUGGCUUGCCUUUAGAAGAGAGCAAGCAUGUAAGCACCAGCGAAUCUGAAGAGGAAAGUUCAGUAUCCUCUACAACAGAAACAACGACGACGACGACGACACAAGAAUCGACAACGACGACGGAAUCUGUGAAGACUAUCGUUGAGACCGAGUUUGUUCCUUCCCUUGGCUUCUCCUUUGAUACCAACGAAGGUCGCGAGGAAUACGUUCAGGCAAUACUCGGAGGACUGAUCGAUGAACGAACAGAUGAAGAUGGAAAGUCUUCCGAACCCAACGCGCAACUGACGAGCGAAGCCCCAAAAAAUGAAACUUUAAGUUCUGAACAGCAUGAAAACUCGAAAGACACUUAAAAGAUAUCUGAAGAAUGUGUGAAAGAUGAUGAAUGAUUAUCUUUCUUGGCUGAUCAUUUCAUCAACAUCAAUUAAUUAUAAUAUAGAAAUCGUUUUUUUAUCUUUUAUAAAAUUAUA